AUGGAGUAUCCUCAUGGCGGCCUGUCUACCCCACACGGCCGCAGUGCCUUCAUUGUGACAACCGUCAGCAUGGUGAUCAUCACGGUUUUCCUUGGACUUCGCAUCUGGGUUGUGACGAAAAGUCCCCGACCUUUAGCACCUAUGGACUACUUCUAUUUCGCUGGAUACAUCUUUGCUAUCGUUUACUCAUCAAUAUUCCUCUGGGGAAUUACAAACGCCAUUGGGGUCCCUCUCAUGGCCGCUUACACCCUAUACCCUGCAAAGGUGGAGACUUCUCUGAAGGCUGUCCUAGCUGAAGAGUUUAUCUGGGCCACCGCAACCACCCUGGUCAAGUUUUCCAUGCUGAGUUUGUACUUGGACAUUUUCCGCGGCAAGACUUUUAAGAUUCUGGCCUAUACGAUUGGUGUGCUCAGUGUCAUGUUGAUGGCGGCUAUGUUCCUGGUUGGGGGUCUCCUCUGUCAGCCCAUUCAAAAGAACUGGGACAUCACCAUGCAGGGUGGCCACUGCGGUGACAGUACCAAGAUGGAUCUCAUUACCGCUAUCAUCAACAUGCUGCUAGAUCUCGGAAUCGUCAUCCUUCCUCUUCCUCAACUCUGGAAGCUCAAACUGAGUUGGGUGCGAAAGGCGAUGUUGAGCGGUAUUUUCGGCCUUGGUCUCCUAAUUUGCGCCAUGAAUCUCACCCGAGUCGUUUUUGUUGAGACUCUAGACACCAGCGACGUGACUGCAUCAAUGGCUUUGAUUGGUCUCUUCUCCAUCCUUGAAGUCAAUGUGGGAAUGAUUUGUGCCUCGCUGCCUGCCAUGGGCCCAUUAAUCUUUGGCACACAACGGAAAUACUCCAAUAGAAGCCCCGGUGGAUCUUCAGGCAUGAUGAAUAGCUUUGUGCGCCGACGGGCUACAGGGAGGCAGGGUCCAUUUUUUAGCGAAGGUCAAACCUUAUACAGCAUCACUGAUGAGGAUGCGCUACCUUUGCACAAAACCUCUAUAUCCAAGACGAAGGGCGCUUAUCAUCGUGAAAGUACCUCGACAUUAGGAGUACCUCCAGCUACCUCAACUCAUCCGGAGCGGGCGGGAGGCAUUGGUGUUCGCACGGAUAUUCAUAUUGUUUAA